AUGGCAGAAUCUGCACUAUCACAACUAAGAGGCAGCACAAGCAGCAUGGAUAAACCACCCGAAUACACAGUCACUCAUGAAUCCAGCUCCAUCCUGUCUGAAGAUCAGUUCCAGUGUUCCAUCUGUCUGGAUGUGUUUACUGAUCCAGUCUCCACCUCAUGUGGACACAACUUCUGCAGGAGCUGCCUUACACAGUGCUGGAAUCUGAGUCCACAAUGUCACUGUCCAUUAUGUAAAGAGAAAUUCACCAAGAGACCUGAACUCAAGAUCAAUACAACACUGAGGGAGGUUGCUGAUCACUUCAAGAAGAAAAGUCAAGUUGAUAAAGCUGAGGUUCUUUGUGAUGCCUGCACUGGAGAGAAGCAGAAAGCUCUGAGAUCAUGUCUAGAUUGUGGUCUGAUGUUUUGUAAAUCUCAUCUAAAGCCUCAUCAUAAUGUUCUAAAACUUAGAAAACAUAAACUCAUAAAUCCUGUGAAGAACCUGGAGGACUACAUAUGUCAGAAACAUGAGAAACCUUACAUUAUUCCUAUAGAGGAGGAGAUUGAUAAUAAGAAGACUCAGCUGGGUCAGACGCAGACGGAGGUGCAGCAGAUGAUCCAGGAUCGACUGAAGAACAUCAAAGAGAUCAACCACUCAGUAGAGCUCAGCAAACUACAGAAAACUCUGGACAAAAAGCUCAGUAAAACUCUGGAUGAGAUGUUGAGAGAAACAGUCUCCACAGAACUGAAGAGGAUUCAGCAGUAUGCAGUGGACAUGACUCUUAAUCCUAAAACAGCACAUCCUAAUCUCAUUCUGUCUGAUGAUGGAAAACAAGUGAAACAUGGAAACAAAAAGAAGAAACUUCUUAACACCUCAAAAAGAUUCACGAGAUACAUUUUCAUUCUAGGAAAGCAGAGUUUCUCCUCAGGUAGAUUUUACUAUGAGGUGCAGGUCGGUGGGAAGGCCGAGUGGAAUUUAGGAGUCGCCAGAAAGUCUGUAAACAGGAAAGAUGAGAUUAUACUGAGACCUCAGGAUGGAUUCUGGACUGUGGUUAUGAGGAAUGGGGAUGAUUAUGAGGCUGGUGCUAGUCCCCCUGUCCCUCUCUCUCUGAAAGAGAAACCUCAGAAGGUCGGAGUGUUUGUGGAUUAUGAGGAGGGUCAAGUCUCGUUCUAUGAUGUGGAGAACAGGGUUCAUAUCUACUCUUAUACUGGUCAGAUGUUCACUGAGAAACUCUAUCCAUACUUCUGUCCAUGUUUGAAUGAUGGAGGUAGAAACGCAGCACCACUCAUCAUCACUCCUGUAAUAAAGACGUGA